AACGCAAGCGGCGGCGGCGGCGGAGAGCGAUCCGGGGUGUACCGGGGUCCCAGCGUACGAGGGUGCGCGGAGCUACAGUUCAACCCGCCCUGACUGAACCAUGGCUACCGAAACAAUAUCGUCCUGCACGGGCUCCAGUUUACUGCAACCGAUUAGCGAAAUCAUCAAUCUCCCGCUAGACCAGGUGAACUUCGUGGCGUGCCAGCUGUUUGCGCUGCUCACGGCCUUCUGGUUUCGCCUCUACCUGCACCCCAGCAAGACCAGCCCAUUCCUGCGACACCUCGUGGCCACACUGCUGGGGUUCCACUUCGCGCUCUUCUGUUUCGGCUGGUAUGCCCUACACUUCCUGGUCCAGAGCGGGAUCACCUACAGCAUCAUGAUUUUAGCGGGAGUGGAGCACAUGCACAAGUACUGUUUCGUGGUGGCUCUGGGCUACCUCAGCUUCUGCCAGAUCACACGGGUCUACGUCUUCGAUUAUGGGAUGUACUCGGCGGACUUCACUGGGCCCAUGAUGGUCAUCACCCAGAAGAUCACCAGCCUGGCCUUCGAGAUACAUGACGGAAUGGCUCGUAAGGAUGAGCAGCUGACUCCUAGUCAGAGAUACCUCGCUGUAAGGAGAAUGCCCAGCCUGCUGGAGUAUAUGAGUUACAACUGCAACUUCAUGGGCAUCCUGGCCGGGCCCACGUGCUCCUAUAAGGACUACAUCACCUUCAUAGAAGGCUCCGCCCCCUGCCCAAAGCACCCGGAGGCCAAUGGGAAGUCAAACGGGAAGCGCCGGCAGAGCGAGCCCUCGCCCAGGGUGGCCGUGGUCCACAAGCUGUGCACCUGCGCCGUGUCGCUGCUGGUCUUCCUGUCCGUCUGCAAAGUGUUCCCUGUGGAGCGCAACAUCGACGACGACUUCAUCGCCGCCACGCCCUUCUACGGCCAGGUGCUGUACCUGUACCUGUCCAUGCUGACCACGCGGCCCAAGUAUUACUUCGUGUGGACGCUGGCGGACGCCAUUAACAACGCGGCAGGGUUUGGCUUUAACGGCUACAGUGCAGACGGCUCGCCCCGAUGGGACCUCAUAUCCAACCUGAGGAUCCUGGAUAUAGAGUUUGCGACCAGCUUUAAAAUGUUCCUUGAUAACUGGAAUAUUCAAACAGCGCAUUGGCUAAAAAGGGUGUGUUACGAGCGCUGUCCCUACCACCCGACGGCUGCCACCUUCCUGCUGUCGGCCAUGUGGCACGGGGCGUACCCUGGCUAUUACCUCACCUUCCUCACCGGCAUCGUGGUGACGCUGGCCGCACGGGCGGUAAGGCACAACGUGAGGCCGUACUUCCUGGGGUCAGCAGCCCACAAGCUGCUGUAUGACAUCAUCACGUGGGCGGGGACUCAGAUCGCCAUAUGCUACACGGUGGUGCCCUUUGUGCUGCUGUCAGUGGCUCCUUCCCUGAAGUUCUACAGGUCAUGGUGCUUCUGUGUGCACAUUGGCUGCCUGCUGCUGGUGCUGGCCCUGCCGGUGAAACCCCGACACCUGCGGGCCAAAGAGCCGAGGAGCAGCGAGCCCCAGAACCCCAGCCAGGAAGGCCACGCCCCCACCCAGGAAGGCCACGCCCCCACAGACAGCAACUGCAACCAGAAAGAGAAGGCCACAUGAGGGAAGCCUGGCUCUCAGAGACGAGAGAGUACUACCAGUGCUGGGCCCAGUGCAAAAACUGUUUAUACAGCGAGACGGACGGACAGACAGACAGACAGACACACAGACAUCCUUCCGGCUGCACUCAGGAUCGGAAAGAUGCGCUGCUGCUGGAAGAUGCAGAACUGACACAGCAUCACACUGGGAGGAGCCAAACGGAGUGAAUUUAUUAAUGACUCUUAAUGUUGAGGAGAGACAUGCAGUUUGCUCUCAUUGUACACAGUAUUAUGCAAAAGGACUUUACAAAGUUGCCUUAAACCCUCUAUCUACUCAGCAGGUUCUCGGACGUUGAUAAGUGCUGGGGCUAUGGGGAAAGACACCGCCCCACCCCCCCGGGAUCCCAUGGGUAUGGGGACAGUGCUCUUCAAGUUCCAGUGUCAGCCAGCAGAGGGCACUGCACUCUCUGGAUGACCGUGGUAUUUAGAGGGUUUUGGUCCUUGUGGGGGAAAAAAAAACAUAUCCUGUCCUUUAGAAAACAAAUCAGGAAUAAAAAAAUAUGUAAAAGGAAAAAAGUGUAACGUCAUGUUAGAUGCCAAUCUCUUCCAAUAAGCUUUCCUCUGAGCCAUUUUUGAUCUGUCUCUUACUUUCUGUCCUGAAGACCGAGAGGGGACUCCUUGCCUGAUACGCACGUGUGGGGCACACAGUGGCCCACCUGAAGGGGGUGUGUGAUGGUGGCUUCACUGUGGCUUCUUUUUAAGGGGUUUUCUUUCUUGCCAUAGUGUGGGGACACGGGUCACUCCAGCUUUCUGUGUAUGAGUCACAUACUGCAGGUUUUCAGGUUACAGGUGUAAGGUCAUGCUAUUCCUGGGUCACUGUCACCCCAGUAUAAGGAUCACCCCAAAAGCUGUGGUAUUGAGCAGGUCUGGAUAAUACAUGGUCAAUAUGUUCAAAUUUAGCAACAUGACUAGGACGAAAUGGAAUGUUUUCUUACAUGAUGUCUGACUGGGUUUACAGGAAAAGCGAUCAGGAAUGUCUUCAGUAUUUUCUGUGAUGCUUUUGGAGGGAGAGAUGGGAUGCCUCUAAGAGACAUGAAGCACUGUCAGCAAUCCAGCUCCUGUCCCCUAUUCUGCAAGGCUGUUAGCUGUGAAAACAAACAUUAGUCACAUGGUCUUAGAUCAUUUUGAAUUAACUGUGUGUUCUGUUUAUGUAAUUCCAGUAAGUGAAUAAUUUAGAUGAAACUGGUAUUUAGUGUUGGUGGAGAGUGGAAUGGUGGACCGCCCAUGUUUUAAAAGCACUCUUGUUUUCUUGCCCCAGGAACCACUGAGGUGGAUAAAUGCACUUGCGAGUUUUGGGAAAGUACUCUGAGAUCUGAGGGAAGGAGGAUAUUCCUGUGUUUUUAGAGAGCAGUUAUGCAGUGUUGACUGGCAAACCUGCAGUAUAUCAGUGUUUUGUAUGUGCACUUCAUUUUCCUUCUGUUUGUUGAUUAUGUGAUUAAAGACGAAUGAAUCUGAUCUGGGAGCCAGAGGCCUGCUUUUGGUAAAGUCACUUAUCCCUCAUGUGUGGAGGGUGAAAGACAGCAGAAAGACUCAGUGCUGCUGCUCUGUGUUCUCUGUAGCAAUCACAAGCAGAUUACAAAAGCAUCCUUCCCCUCAAAGCACUGAAGCUUCAGUACAAUAUGGACGAAUUGGUGUGAUGGGAUGUGCUCAGAACGAUGAUGGGAGUUAAAUGUGGGUGUGGUUUAGUGCACAGACAGGUGUAAAGGUGUGCACUGACAGGUGAGUAACAUUCCCAUGCACACCUGUGCGCCUCAGCACACACCUUGGACAGAAAGAUGCAGUAUCUUUGUGAUGCGCCUCCAGUAUGGUUUCAUUACUCAAGACUUUGCCCUUUUCGUCACACUUGGGACAUUCCAGGUCUCUAAGCACUCAAAAUUACUGUCUCAAUAUUAAAUAUAAAAAAAACUGCUCUAGGUAACAUUUAUUGGCAACAGUAUGUCAGAGGCACUUUUGCACAACAUAAAGGAAAAAGGUUGAAUGAAGUAAUUGUAUUAAUCCUCUGGGAUUUCCAUCCGAACAGCAGGCAUGGAGAGAAUGAUGUAAACGUGUGUUCGGGUUUAAGGGGCUUGAGAGGGUGCGUGGCUGGUGUCUGAAAUGCCGAUGUGUGUCUGUGUAAUACCUGGACAGUGACAUAAAUCAACAGGUAACUGUAAAC